GGCAUGGCAACCCAAGCUUUACGACCCGAGAUUGAGCUUGUGGUUGACGACACGACCACCUCCAACGUUAUUAGCCACAGCAAUCACGAACCAACCUCGUUGAUGGUCGCAAAGCGCUCCUUAACGUCCCUAAAUUCUAUACUAACAAAAUUCCAUGCAGGUUACUUCAGAAUAAGCCUCUCCCUCGGUGGCCAAGCUUUGUGGUGGAAGACACUGAUCGAAUCACCAACACACGACGUCACAAGCGCUCUACGACGCUUGCUUUGCACGCUUCCUUCCUCAGCUUUUCUUGCACUGUGGUCGUUGGCUCUCUUUACUCUCGUGUUACUCUCUCUUCUCUACCUCCUGAGAUGCUUAAUUGUUUUUUUUUUUUAAUCGGCCAAAUGUUAUUUUUAUUAGGUGAGGAUAUUAAACUCGCCACAUUUCUCAUGUUUCAUUUUCUUUUAACCAUCCAACUCACUUUAUAUCUUUAUAUCUCUUCCGGCUAGGUGUUUGUUUUUCUUUAGGAUGGUAAAGGCGGAUUUCUUGCACCCUGUACGAGUUAACUACCUCUUCGCUCCGUGGAUUUCAUGGCUUCUGUUGCUUCAAUCAGCGCCAUUCGUGGCGCCGAAAACACCGACGUAUUUGGUUAUGUGGUGGGUGUUCGCGGUGCCGGUGGUGGUGCUGGACGUGAAAUUCUACGGGCAGUGGUUCACGAAAGUGAAGAGGUUUUUAUCGACGGUAGCAAACCCGACGAGCCAGAUGUCGGUGAUAGGGAACUUGGUCGGGGCACAAGCUGCGGCGAAUAUGGGUUGGAAAGAGAGAGCGGUUUGCUUGUUUUCGCUGGGGAUGGUGCAUUACUUGGUGCUGUUUGUUACCCUCUAUCAGCGUUCCGGUGGAGAUCGCCUUCCGGUGUUGUUGAGGCCGGUUUUCUUCUUGUUCUUUGCAGCACCGAGUGUGGCAAGCUUGGCUUCAGAAUUCAUGGUUGGCACCUUUGAUACUGCUUCCAAGAUGCUCUUCUUUCUCUCCCUAGUCCUCUUCACAUCACUGAUUUGCAGGCCAACCCUGUUCAGGAGAUCUAUGAGAAGGCUCAAUGUUGCGUGGUGGGCUUACUCCUUUCCGAUUACCGCACUAGCUCUGCUUUCAACGAAUUAUAUGCACCUUCUGUUAGCUCUUUCAGUUCUUGUCUACCUUUUUCUAACGUUCUUCACUCUGCUCAACUCUAAGAUGCUUCUACCAGAUAACGAUCCUAUUAUUGCAAGCUUGCUCAUUAGUUAAUCUGUUAAUUACCAUCACUAGUAGAAUCACCAAAUCCUUCAUUAUUUAAUUACAAAUUACGCUUAAUUAGUACGUAAUACACUUUAUAUCUAUCUAUAUUAUAAUAUACGUGU